AUGGCGGAGAUGGAGGAGUAUGAGACAGACACUGACUGGUUUGCCACAGGAAUCGGCGAGUCGACUUUAAUUGAGGCGGCCUCCACGGGACCUAGCGCCGGCGGCGGGGGCGGCGCGCCUGCCAAGAAGAUGCCGGCCAUGGAUUCCGGUGCCCCGGGCCAAUUAAUCGGGUUGGAGGAUUAUGCCAGCUUUUCUGUCCAUGGGAGAGACAUGAUUGGAUCUGUAACACAUUGGCAUUUCGAUUCAUUUGGCCCUGUGAGUACUCAACAGAGUGUCAAUCAGCCAACUGAUGCUAUUGGACAGAGCCAAAUGAGCAGCAACGUGGAUUGGCCUAUUCCUAUUGCUGAAUCUGUAGCACAUAUGGAGGAAGAUGCCCAGGCUGAAGGCAAUGUUGACGAGGAAUACCAAGUUGACGGAGAAACCGACUCUGAUCAUUAUGAUGAUUUUCUGGUUCGUUGUGAAGGUGAUACAGAUGUUGAGGAAUGCUUCCCAACACCAGUGGCAGCAGAUUAUGUACUUGAGAAAGAGAAUCCAAGGGUAGAGAGGGAAGAUAUCCAGGGACGAGGUAGAAAAAAAAAUGCAAAGGAUAAGGCGGAGCUGUCAAGAGCAGCCAAGAGAAGGGCAAUAGAAGGAGUACUGGAGGAAGAAGGCAUGCCAUUUAGUGAUCAAGCAAGUGAUGACUGCAGGGAGUUGGAUGAUUCUAGCGAUGAUGAUGGAGCUGUGGAUCCAAAGUCCGUGUCCUUAACAAAGAGGAAGAGCAGAUCAAAGAAACUAGAGAAGAGAAUUUAUUAUGAUGAAUCAAAUCCCAUUGCACAUGAGCUACUGCAGGUGAAGUUGUGCUUCUCUGACAUCCAUCAGUACAGAAGGGCACUAACAAACUACCAUAUUGUGAAUCAACGGGACUUCGAAUAUUUAAGAAAUGAUCAUGACAGGAUCACUGUUUGCUGCAAGUCCGGAGGCACAUGUGCCUUUGCAAUUCUGUCAUCAACUAUCACAGGGGAAACUACCCAUGUAAUCCGUUGGCUUGUUUUACCUCACACAUGUGGAAAGACAAAUGAAAGUUCAAGAAUCAAUUGCGCUUGGGUGAGCAAGACAUAUGAAGAUCAGAUUAGAAUUGAGCCCAACAUGAAAAUAACAGCCCUCAUUGAGAUGGUUAAGAAGGACCAUGGGGUUUCCAUUUCCACACACAUGGCAUAUAGGGCCAAGAACAAAGCACUACAGGUGAUUGAUGGACACCACGAGAGUCAGUAUUACAGGAUAAGAGAUUACCUACAGACUGUGUUGAACACAAAUCCGGGCAGCAGGUGCAUUGUGAAUACCAUUGUCAAUCAAAUCCCACGGAAGAAUCCUAGAUUCCAUGGAUUAUUCUACUGCUUGAAUGCACAAAUUAAGGGAUUCCUAGAAGGUUGCAGGCCUUUCAUUGGCGUAGAUGGAUGUUUCUUGAAAACUGGCACUGGAUUUCAAAUCCUUGCUGCUACGGGUAGGGACGGCAACAAUAACAUGUUCCCUCUCGCCUUUGGAGUUGUCGGAAAAGAGGAGACUUCAACUUGGUGUUGGUUCCUAACCCAACUCAAGUAUGCUUUAGGUGGUGGAAGAAGUAAGCAUGGGCCCUUCACUAUCAUGUCUGAUCGUCAAAAAGGGUUGUUAAAUGCGGUGAGCCAAGUCUUUCCAGAGUGUGAGCAACGCUUUUGUCUUAGACACAUAUAUGCUAAUUUUCAAAUAGCUGGAUUUAGAGGAGAAGACCUAAAAAAGUUAGUAGAUGCUGCUGCAUAUGCAUAUAGUCAUAGUGUUCAUGUAGUUGCAAUGGAUAUGCUAAAAGUAUUAAACUUAGAUGCAUGGACUUGGCUUACCAAAAUUCCUACUAAGCAUUGGGCACGCCAUGCUAUGGACACAACAUGCAAGACAGACCUAAUUGUCAAUAACAUAAGCGAGAUUUUCAAUAGCUACAUCCUUGACCAAAGGGACAAGCCCAUAGUGACAAUGAUGGAUCAGAUUAGGACCAAGCUUAUGGCUAAGUUUGCAGAUAAUAGAGAUGGAGUGGUUGUUGCGCAUUGGGAAAUAACGCCACACUAUGUUGAACAACUAGAGACAGAGAAGAGGUUUUCUAGGUGGUGCACUCCGGUGAAUGCAGGAAAUGAUAUAUGGCAAGUUGAGAUAACAAGUAAUGGGAAAAGGGAAGUGCAUUCUGUGAACCUACACAACAAGACAUGUGGAUGUAGAAAAUGGGACUUAACCGGUGUGCCAUGCAAACACGCCAUAUCGGUCAUCUACAAAGCAAAGCAAUAUCCUGAAGACUUCGUUAGUGAUUUUUUCAAGAAGCCAAUGUAUGCCCUGGCCUAUAAGGAAAUGAUUUAUCCAGUGCCGGGUCAACAUGAUUGGGUGAAAACUGAUACAAUAGAUAUAGAGCCUCCUAUCUUUCAUAGCAAACCUGGACGAAAAAAGAAAAAGAGAAGGCCAAGUGCAGGUGAAGGGCCAGAUGGAACCAGAAGAAUGACGACAAUCACGUGCUCUAAUUGUAACCUUAAAGGGCACAGAUACACCACAUGUACUGUGCCAUUGAAGCCUCAUCUCGCAAUUAGAAAGGUCGGACACAAGAGCAACCGUCAGCGGCCUGGGUACUUGGACGUGCCUACGGCUCCUUCCUCGCCUACAGCUACAGCGCCUCCACCUCCCCCACCCGCACCACCACAGCAAGCUCCAUUUGCAGCACCACGCCAAGCUGCAGCUACAACACGUCAGCAUGCUCCAGCUGCAGCACAUCAACAUGCUCCAGCAGCAGCACAACCUCGACAUGCUCAAGCUGCAGCACAUCAACAUGCUCCAGCAGCAGCACAACCUCGACAUGCUCAAGCUGCUGCACAACCUCGACAUGCUCAAGAUGCACCAAGGCAGAAGCUCCCUUCUAUGCGGGGACGACGACAUAUGCAUUACACCGAGUCUCGACUAUAUGGUUACUUCACAGCAAGUAAUGGCCAAGGUCGGCAACAGGAGGAAGAAAAUCAUAUCUGA